AUGAAGCUGUUCCUUCUUGCUUGCCUGUUGGCUGGGGCCAGCGCCGGAUUCCUUGACUCGCUAUCAGGAGCCUUAACCAGUGUGAAGGACGGACUUACGUCUGCAGCUUCCUCUACCCUGAGCACCCUCACUAGUGGAGACGUUGGUCAGAUCAUGUCCCACGUGGUUGUCCCAGUUGCCGAGCAUGCCGCGCUCGCCGCCUUAUUGGGAAAACGUGAACACCCACAGGAACCCUCGGUCCAAGAAGUGAUCAGCCACGGCGCUCAAGCCGUACAGCACGUACUCGACAAGUACGCCACCGAGCUGCAACAUUUCCACGAGCAAAUCGCUAGCCUUAAUUACCUGAAAGGAGACCUCAACCAGUUCUUCGCUGACAUGCAACAUUCAAAGUUGGUACACAAUACUGCCUUGGACAACAUCGUGACUAGUGUCCAGCAAGCUUUGUCCACCCACAAGAGACAGACUGCAGACUCUGGACUCCUCUCAGGACUGUCUGGACUCUUUGGCUCAACUGUGGACAAGUUGAAGGAGACGUAUAACGGUAUCCACGACACACUCUCACAAGGAUCAACAGGUAUACUUGGAGCUUUGACCGGCCACAUUUCUCAUCUGACCGAUUCCCUCAGCCAUAUAAAGGACACUGGCGCAGCCCUUCUGGCCACUGGUCAGGAAACACUUGCAAAUUUACAGAACUCUGCCAGCACACUCUUUAACCAGGCUCAGGCCGGCGUACAGGGCCAGGCAUCCCAGGCCCUGGAUACUCUGCUACAUCCCGACCUCGGCAGCUCAUAG